UUAUCAUCGAAGUAGCCAUUUGUCUCUCCCGCGUAAUUUUUUCGCAUAAUUUUGGUAUUUCUAUCAUUAUUACCAAACUUUCAAGAUGAAACGCAAAGUUACUCUCGAAGAUUAUGGCUUCGAAACACCAAAACGCAUGAAGAGCUCUUGCGAAAUUUCAGAUUUACCGAGAGAAAUGUUGCGAGAAAUUUUCAAGUCCUUACCUGCAUCCGAUCGCCUGAAUGCUCGAAUGGUCUCGCAAUUUUGGAUGGAAAUGCUGAACAAAUACUUUCCCAAAGACAACGCAAUUGAGAUAACUGGUUCAAUGGACUUUUCUCCAACGGGACGCUUGUACAAAACAUUCGAAGCUCGAUUGAAUUUGACCAAAGCCAAACGAGGUUUUGCACGAUUGCGCAUCGUUCGGAUGCCACCGGGACAAAAAUUCAUUGAUCUAAUCAAUUUUCUCAAAUUAAUCGGUGACGAGAUCCGCCAACUGGAAAUAUGCAGUUUUUCUGCUCCAAAAUCACUCAAGAUACUGUUCGAGAGUUUGCCCAUUUUGGAAACUUUGAUAGUUUCGCAUGAAGAACUUCUCAUCGAUUUGAAGUUUGUUCCAAAGCUGAACUCGGUCAAAUUAUGCUCACAGUUAACGAAACUCCAAAAAUUGACGGAAAUUCAGAAAAUUGCGUCUGUCAAGCGUUUCAGCACAGAAUCGUUGUUCAUCAAACAAAAUAUUAACGUCCUUGAGCCUUUUCUCACACCACGAAUGAAGAUUUUAUUGGAUACCAUGUUGGUCAAGGAUGAUCCCGGAACGGAUUCUAUCACAUUGACAUCGAAUUUCAACUAUUGCGGAGAAGCUAAAUUAAAGGCGAAUGACGUAACUGAAGCGAUAAUUCAUGGACAAGUACUCAACAUUGCUCCAUUGAGGGAAUUCAGCUAUUUGACGGAUUUGGAACUUUUUAUUAGUUACGAACAUGGCUUGGUGCAAUUCACAUCCUUACAUUCGACUAUUAAAUUUUUCAAUGUUUCCAAUUUGAAGAUUUCUGGACCUUAUCAACUACAAAAGACACUCACGAAUGCAGAUAAACUCUUCCGAAUGUUCCCCAAAUGUGAGAUUUUGGACGUUAUGGUGUGGAAAUUGACUGACGAAGAUUUUGUUGCAAUUUGUCAACACAUGCCAAAGUUGAAAAAAUUGACUUUUGGAAAAUCAAAGAUCUCAGUCUUGACAAUUUUUGAUUUGAAUCACUUUUCGCUCAAAGAUUUGAAAUUUCUCGAGAUACUUGCGAUCGAAACAAAGCCCGAAAUUCUUCAUUCGCCACAACUUUCAUGGCCUUUUUUGCCAGACAUGAAGAGCGUUUAUUUUAAAGGCGAGGGAUUUCGUCACUUGAGCGAGUAUUUUUUCACUCAAAUGGCCCAACUUUCGCCUAAGAUAACAGAAUUGGGGAUUUUGUAUGCGAAUAAUUUCCUUCCGGAACGUAACCAAUCGAAAUUUUUCCCGAUCAUCAAAAGUUUGAAGUUGAAAGAAUUGGAUCUUCCCGGCGAAGGAGGGCACGUAACAUUUCCUCGCAAUACUGCCUUAAUUGAAUGUGUGAUCAAUCAUUGCAAGGAUCUUGAGAAUUUCAUGAUCGACGAUGACAAUGGAUUUUCCUUGGCGCAAGAAAUUCGUUUGUUCCGCAGAUUGCCUACACUGGAAACUUUGAUGUCGGGAUGCAUGGACACUCGCUCGACUUGUAGAGAAAUGGAACGCUGUGAUUUUGAUGAUUUGAAGAAUUAUUUGGCGAAAAACAUUAACGAAUACAAGGAUAUGGCAGGAACGAUCAAUUAUUUGUACAAUUAUGAGAUUCCUCAUGCGGAACGUCUUAAGAUGGAGACAGAUUUUGAUGCGAACUGCAAAGACGAACAUUUGAAGAUGAGCUACAUUGUUUUGCAUGACUAUCUGAAGAUGAGUCAUUUGGAUCUCUGUCGAGCUUUCUACAAUUUUAUGUAACUGAACUAGUAUGUUUUUUUUGUGAAUUGAGAAUUUAUUUUGAGUCAUAGAUGAAUAUUAUUUGAAGAAAAAUCAUUUAUUGAAACACGAAUAGAAAAAUUUAAUUAUUUUUUUUAUUU